AUGGGGCCAUCAAAAGGAGGCAAGGAAGAGCAGGGCAUAAUCCUGAUCAGUGAUGACGAAGCUGAGAGCACCCUUGGGAGCUCAGUUCUGUUAGUGGACUCACUGGGUAAGCUCCCAUCUUGUUGUCAAUGAAAGAAAUCUGAAGAAGUUGUGGAUGAGGAAUGUGAACUGGUGGUUACUUUUUGUAAACAAGCCAACGUGAUGCCUCACGCCAGAUACGACUGUACAAUACACCCCUUUGAGAGGAUGGAAUGUGAUACGUGCUCCCCCCUUGGGAAAAAUGCUGAUAUUUGUAAUCAGUGCUACUGCUACAUUUGUGACAAACUAGCCUCUGAGUGCCAGAUGUGGACGACCCCUUCCCUCUGCCACUGCAAUGCACACAACAAGAGCAAGUUCUGGAAGGACCAGCGUGACUUUGCCUUGGCUGGAGUCCUUGUCAUGUUCAAUUUGGAGCUCACAGACAUAGACUCAGACCUUCGACACGGUGGGAGUCUUCUAAUAAAAUUUAUCCAGGAGCUUUCUGUGGAAUACAAUAAGUAUCUGGCUGGAGAAAAAAUGCCUCCCACAAAGCAUGAAUGCUUCUGCCUCCCAAAACUGCCUCCUGGGCAGUGCAACGUCUGCAGGUCACGCAACACAGAGGUGGUGUACAAGUAUUCUGGAGUUUUUGCCCUGGUGACAAGAUUUUUAGAUCAGGCAGAAAAAGAAAGUCCUAAAGCUGCUGCUGUCAUGCUUCUGGGAGCAGCUAAAGAGAUAGCACUUCAUAAAGACCCUGCUUUGAGCUGGCAGAACCUUGGUCACACUGCUUCACUAAAGAUUGCUGUCCCUUGUCUCCUGCAGAGGAUCACAACACAGCUUCAGAAGAUGUUGGUGUUGUGUGACUUUCCCAAAACCCUGUAUGAAAAGUUUGUUCAUUUCUUUCAGUCCAUCUCACUUCCCUGUCACUGUUUUGGCUUCUCAAAUAGCUUAAAUGUUGUGCCCUGGGACCAUGUAUUACUGACCACUGUUUUGAAAGGCCAGAACAUCACUGGUCGAAGAACACAGAAAGGAAGGAAAGUAUUUCUGUGGGAAACACUCCCUGUGAUUGAGGCUCGAGUGGAGAAACUGGUAGACAAAAAGAACUAUAAAGAAGUUGUUCGCUACCUGAGGGCUGUGAAAUGCAACGACACCAAAGGCUUGAGAGACCUUCGAGACAAAAUCCCCUUCUAUUUGUGUAAGACUGGAGACUUCCUGGACGCUGCCCACUCGCUGCUGUUCCCUGUCAACAGCCUGGCGUGCUGCACCGCCUGCCGCAUCACCCCCCUCCACUUCGAGCUCUACCUGAAGAUGUUCAGGACAGGCAGCGUGCCCACUGGGAAGGAUUUGCUGGACUCUGGGCCCUGGGUGGCAGUUGGGUCUCCCUUGAAAGAUAGUGUCCUAGUCAAGCAGGCCCUCAAACUCCUUUACAGCAACAUGUUACUCUACAGGAAUCCUAAAUGCUGGAGUUCCCUCAUCAUGAUCUUGGGUAGUAGCCAUUUGCUGGAGAAAAGUGGGCACCUCCAUCCCUUAGCCAUGAAAGAGCCACCCCUUGACUUCCAAAAGGGGGUGCUUGCUGCCAGUCGUGUCCUCCUGGAGGAACUGAAGGCACACAUUAAUGUCUCUCUGCCACCAGCCAUUUUCUCUCCUCAG